AUUUUUUGUUGUGUGUGAUCCCCGAGGGGUGUAUCCUAGUCCCCCACUCCUUUAGGCCGAAGGCAAGUUCGGGCUGAAGGAGUUAUGAUGAGUUGAUGCGAACCCGAGGGGUGACAACGUUGAUGAGCCAGGUGCCUAUGGCUGCCAUCUCGAAGGCGCUAUGUUGGAAUUCAUUGGCUGAAGGCUGUAGUGAAUGAUAACCGGAGGCUAUAAUUCGAGGGCACUCCAGUGCUUGCGAAAUAGAGCCGUUGCAAUAUAGCCGUUGGAAGAGUAGUUGACGUGGCGUGUCCUCGUUGGUUGAAGGCGGGCGGUAGCCAUCCAUUGGCUGAACCGGCGGCCCGUAAUGAUGGCCUUUUUAAAUCGAGGCCCAGUUCUCGAGGCCGAAAGUCUAUAUAUACCCCAAGCCAAACUCAUUCCCUUGCGCGUUUUAGAAUUUGAGGCGAAGCUCUGUCAAAUUUUCUAGAGAGAGAAAGUCCCCUUUUCGAUCAAACCCCAGAAUUUUCCUCGAUCCAAGGUCAGUUCAUCCUUUGUUCUUGUUCCUUAACGUAUUUCUUGCUUCCAUUCCUUUAGAUCUAGUGUUUAGAGCUUCUAGGAGCCUUCGGCUAGAGUGCUUGAGUAGUAUUCUCCCUUAAUCCUUUCAAAACUUGCCGGGUGAGAUGUCUUCGCAAAGCGACUCACAAGAUAUCUCGAGGGAGCCGUCGGCACAGCAAGAAAAUUUAUCGGAUGCGGAGUCCUCUAGCGAGCAGUCCUCGGCGAAUAAUGACUCAGCUGUCGCCGAAGAGGUCCAAGAUAACCUUCGCACCGAGCUGGAGGCGGAGGAGUUCGAGCAGGUGAUCGAGGACGAAGAAAUGGCCCUCGCGCUGCAGGUAGCGGAGGAAGAGGAGGAGAAGGAGAGGCAAGAAGUCACAGUUGCUGUCCUCCCACUUCGUGGUGCCGGUGAAGCAAGCACCUCCCGGCCCCUAGAUCCGGAACCCCUCAGUGUCGCCGUGGGGAAGAAAAGGAAGAAGACGAAGGCACCACCGAAAGGCAAGCAAACCGCCGUUGACUGCGGGAAGCCUGUUGGAAUUCCCGAGGGGCAUUCAUGGCUGAAUACUGCCGCCCUCGCGCUGAGAUCGAAGGCUGAUCGGGCAGAAUGCUAUGUCACGCAGUUGCAUGUAGGCCCUUCGGCGACUGUAAUUGAACCGGGACCCGAUGAUCUCUUGUUGCGGGCUCCGGAGGGUUGUUUUGCGGUCCAUGUGCUGUCGGUUGCCAUGGGCCUCCGGUUCCCGCUACAUCCCUUUCUCCUCGAGUAUCUGAGGUAUGUGGGUUUAGCCCCCUGCCAGCUAACCCCAAACAGCCAUUCCUAUAUAACUGGCUUCCUGCAGCUGUGCCGAUCCCGAGGGGUAACUGCGACCCUCGAUCUUUUCUUUCAAAGUUUCAACCUGUGCCGGGGGGGGCAUACCAAUUCCGAGGGAUUCGCCAACCUGCAGCAACUCGCCCCCUUCAGGCUUUUCGAUGAUGUUCCUUCGUCCCACAAAGGAUGGAAGGAUCGCUUCUGCUACGUCAAGAUGGCAGAAAAUCCAUUUCCGGGGGAACUACGCAACCACUUCAGGCGGCACCCGAAGGUGGGAAACGCCGCACUCCAGAAGGAGGGGAAGAAGAUUGCGGCUUUGCUGCCGGGGGCCACGAAGCACGUGACAGUCAAGGACUCUACUCUCCCCGAAGACUUGCUGGCCCUAGGCUUCCGGCGGUACCGCUUCCUGGGCGAAAAGGACGAACAGUACCCUGUCCUCGAGAGAGCCUUCGGUGGCAUUGGAGGUAGUUACCGGAGGGUCUGGUUUAUUGCACUUAGGAUUUUUGUUGUUUCCUUAUUUCCUUUCUUUGGUAAUUGACCCCUUCGGUCUGAUUUUGCCGUUGUUUUGCAGGUGUUAGUAUGGACGUCUCCAACUUUGCCGCGCUGAAGAAGAAGCUGGCCAAGGAGCCGAAGAGGAAGAAGGAGACGGGGGUUCAGAAACCUGUCGAUGAGUUCUUCCGAAAGGGAGGGGAUGCUCAGGUCCCGGAGGGUGGGGGGCCCUCCCAAGCUGCUGAUACCGGUGCUGGUGCCGGGGGCUCCAAGGCGGAGCACAAGAGGAAAAACGCGGGGAAAGGCGUGGCUCCUCCGGAGAAGAAGAAGAAGGGGGGGCCCGAGAAGACGGACGCCCCCAUUGUUGUUGUCGAAGAGCACUCUUCCUCCUCCCCCUCGCAAAACGUCCUUCCUCCUCCCGGGGGCCAAGAUAGCAGCCUGGCCUGGCCCCGGGAUGAUGUGCAGUUCUCUAUCACCAAGGGAACUGCCAUCAUGCAUGGCACCCUCAACCCGAGGGAGUUCCUGAAGGGUGCCACUCCCCCGACCGACAAAUCGGUGCUUUCGAGGGCCAAAGAUGAUGCCCUCAGCGCAAAAGUGCUCCAGGCCUCCGUCACCGCUGCCCUCGGUCUCGGGGAGCUGCUCCAGAGGAUGGAGCAAUAUCAGGCGCAGAAGCGCCAGGCUGAUGAGGCCCUGGCGGAGUCCCGGCGGCAACUCCAGGAGGCCCAAGAGACCCUCCGGCUGGAGAAGAUGGCGUUCAAUUCCAUUCUCGAAAACAACAAAGUAAUCGCCAGGGCCGAGGGGAAGGCCGAUGCUGAGAGAGCCGCCGCCGAAGCCUCCAAGGCUGCCGCGGAGGAAGCUGAGGCCAAGAAGAAGGAGGCCGUCUCCCAGGCAGAGAAAGAUGCCGUCGAUGCCUUCGUCGCUGAUGGAUGGAAGGCGGAAGGCCGGAGGGCAUGGGUGGAGUCGGUGGUGGAGGCCUCGGUGGACGCGUGGGCGAAGGGUCCUGGGGCUUUGUGGCUAGCCCAGAAGGGCAAAGAUUAUUAUGAUGGUGGAGAGUUCUUUACUCAAAACCUCAUAUACAGGAGGCUAGCCAGGCAUUUCAAAAUCGAGCCGAAGGAAUUUGACCCGGCAGCUUACGGCCUUCCCCCUCUGCAGCCAGAUGUCAGGGUGCCCCUCCCCCCAGGUGAAGAGAGGCCGGAUCUUGAAGAUUCCGAGCUCAUGCAAGAGGCUGGUGGCGAGGAAGUCGAGGACGAUGCUGCUUCCAAGACGAAGGAGGAUGGAGCCGAGAAUGCCCCAGCUUGAAAUUCCCUCAAGCAUAAUUUUGUAAUAGCUUGUAGUCUUUGGCCUCGGUCCACUGUAUUUGUAAUUAAAACAUCUCUUCGAAUUUUGAAUAUUGGUUUUUGAUGAUGAAAGAUUUGCCUUCACGCCUUUAUACGAAUGCCUUACUUUGUCGCCUUCGUGCUUCUGUGAAUGAAUGUUUCCUUCGUUUUGAACUUGAAUGCAUGCCCCUGUUUCUCUUCGUGUUUGUGUAUGAAUGAAUGUAUGUUCUCCUUUCCCUUGCCUGGUUUCCCGAAGGCCAAGGGUUCGUGGACUUAGAAAAUUUUCUAAGUGAGACCAGACCAGGGCCCUUCGGCUGUAAAGUAGGAUUGCCGGGGGGUCGUUGCUUGUGUACUUAGAAGGUUUUCCAAGCAAAACUUAAUUAGAACCCUUCGGACGUUUUGUAGAAUCACCGGAGGCUGGUGAUUGUGGACUUAGAAAAAUUUCCUAAGUAAAACUCCAUCGUAUGUCUUCGGUGACGAGCCAUAGGGAUUGCUUCCGGGUUGUAGCAAUAGGACCGACCCCCUUCGGAUGAUCAUAGUAGUGAUGCCGAGGGAUAGAAUGAAAUGGAAGCUUUCAUUUAGUAGUGUAGUGAUGAGUCUGUAGGUGAAGAGUUGCCCUCCCGAAGGGUCCCCAUUUGUGGACUUAGUCAUUUUUCCACGAAGUUUCCAUAGAUACUGUGGUGAACCCGUCGAGUGUGAGGAUCGCCUGAGCCCCCGGUGUAUAUGGUUGCCGAUGGGUACGAGACCGGUGACAUUCUGCCUUCGGUACGAAUUCUCUGGUUCGUGUAGAUAAUAGAUUUAGCUUGCCUCAGAGCUUUGUGUAGCCUUCGGCGUGUCGCAUAGUCGACUUUGAUUCAACCGAGUUCUGAUCUAGAUGAAGCUUUGUUCUUCUUAGGCCUCCGGUGGAACUCUUGUACUCCAAGGCUUCAUGUAGUGAAGCUUUCGGCUAUGUAGCCAGAUGAUUCGAUGUUGAGAGAUUCUCUUGUGCAUUUGUAGCAGCCUUCGGCAAUGUAUAUCCGAAGUGUUGAGCCUCCGGGGAGAAUAUUAUCCGGGGAGUUCCUUCCCCCCUACACAUUUUUUUUUUUUUUUUUUU